CACCUGACUGAGAGCGGGGGUAUAAAAGCAACGCGGCUGUCACUAGCCACUCAAAACAGUUCAUUCGUUACCUAGAAGUAGAAGUUUUCGUCCGUGGAGCUUUUGUUUAUUUGGAAGUACGCGUUCGUCGCUAAGGUUCUCGUGCACAUCAUCGCCCCCCGCUGAGCUUCGAAGCCAGUAUAUAAUUGGAGCUGUUCCCCGUCAGUACAGUCACAUCACGACCAAGCUCACUUCGUUUCUUCUUCGACAUCUCUCAGUCAUGGAGAUGGACACUAGAUCGAUCAGCAGCGACAGCUCCACAAGCAGCCGGCAUCUGGAGUCCUACUGGGGACUUAUGACAAGGGAUCAUGAAGUAGCUAUUCUGAGCGAAUGUCAGGACGGAUCAUACCUGUUCAGGGAUUGUAUCAGCGAGCCAGCACUGAUCACGUUGAGUGUGAGAACUGGUGACACGGUAUGCAGGUAUCGCAUCACCGAGGAGCUCGUGAUGGGUAUUGCAGAGUCCAGCAUGUCGUGCACCGACGAGUACGGAAACCAAGUCAACCUGAAACAUGCCGUCACCAGACCCAAGGGCAUCGAACCUCUUGGCACUGACAAGUCUUCCGCAGUUUACGACGCGCCGUCAUAAUCGAUACAGUACCAGAGGAAGACAAGAGAGAGAGAGAAUGGGAACCAAUUCCAAGUGUUGAUUGUCAUGCCGCCACCCUAUCCUAUCUCUGUAGACGUUGCUGGCUAUGCGGCGCACAUCUUCAUAGCUUCCACCCCAAGCAAUAUUAUGCUCACUUCGCGUACUAGCAUCGUCAAUCGGAUACCGUGCAUGCCCGGAUUGUGCCGAUCUCAUACUCAAUGCAUGCAGUGCUGUCGCUUUUGACGUUUCUACAAUUUUGAGGCAACUAUUUUAUUAUACAGAUUACCAUAGUUUUACAGUUUCCGAGCUAUUCGGUGGCGCUUGAAAUCACGUUGAUUACUCACAAGAAUAAUUAUCUUUAUACUUCGAUAUACGAAGUUCUUGCUGAUGGUGUGAUCAGCAGUUUUGUUGUCCGUGAUAUUGUACACAUUGUGUUUGAAACGAAAGUCAUGGAUACUGAAAUCAA